AUGCUUUAGAACCCGCCGACGAGCUUCCCCAUUAUGUGGACCAUGGCGUGUACGAGAGAGAACGUCCUGUAGUAACUUGGCUUGGUCGUCUUUUAAUAGGAAUUUGCCCUCUGGAGCGGUUGGUACUGGUCCAAUAUAAGGAGAGGAUGUUGAAUGAGGUGCCCCAUUCGAGUCUAAGAAGGCCGGCUUUGGGGGUAAAGGAUGAGUCUACAGAAGAUAUAUCGUCUUGUUUACGUUUCAUUGAGUUGAAAGAUGACUCGGGAGUCAGGCUUGCAUCCCCACGAGGGCUGGCUGGAGGAGACGGCGGCAGAGGAAACGAACCUGGCGAUAUUCUUGGAGGUCGGCUGCAGUCAAAAGACUGGCCAAAAGAUAAUUUAGCUCAGCAGGAAAUGCAGACACCACAAAUCUGGAACGAAGUGAAUCAAGGUAUCCUUUUCCCUCUGACAUCCCAGUCAAGCAGCACAUGGGAACGACUGGGAGGGAUAGCUGCCAUAGAAGCUACUCUGGAGACGAAAAGAAACCUGUAUCGACUACUCCGCUAUCUCAAGAAUGUCUUGCCAACGCCUGAAAUGCCGGUGAUGAAUGCUGCCGCUUCAACUUUUGGAAAAAUCCUUCAAGUUGGAGGCCCUAGCUUCACCGAAACCGUCUUGGAUGCAGAGGUUCUACGUGCCGUCGAUCUGAUGACUGUAGACAAGACCGAGCAUGGUCGAUAUGCCGGUAUCAUUAUAUUAAUAGAAACCGCUACACACGCUAGCGGUCAAUUUUAUAGGCAUGUUAACCAGAUAUUGGAAAAGGUGGUGACGCCCAUGCGUGACCCUAGAGAAACUGUGAGAAAAGUGGCAGCCACCCUGUUAUCUAGAUGCCUUAGCCUCGUUGCGAACCACGACAAAGUCCCAAACCCCCAGAUAUUCGUCUACAUCCUCGCUGAAGCCCAAAAAGGGAUUACCAAUAGCUCUUCUGAUGUUAUACAAGGUUCUCUCUUGAUUUAUCGAGAGCUCUUGAUGUCUACCAAUAUGUUCAUGGAAGAGCAUUUCGCAGAUACAUGCGAGAAGAUUUUGAGUCUGCGACAGCACAAAGAUAUGGCAGUCAGAAAGACCGUGACAAAUCUUUUGCCUGUUUGUGCCAGAUACGAUCCGACCCAGUUUAAUGAGCAAUUCUUGUAUAAAACGAUGGGAUGGCUGUUACCUCAGCUCGCAAAACCUGCCGAAAAACAGUUUGUGUUAGAAGCUAUUGGGCCAAUCGCUCUAUCAGUUACAAGUGAAAUGAGACAGUUCAUGCCAGCUAUCAUGGUACAGAUCAAAGAAUCACUCGCUCAGCGGAACAUGCUUGCUGCUGCCGUCGGACCUAAUCUAACUAAACUACUUCACGACCAACUUGACCUUAUCUUUGCAUACGAAUUCAACGAAUAUGUCAGAAGCUCGCUGGCAGCAUGUGCAAAAUCUAUUCCCCCGCUUUUACGCUCAAUUCAAGACCGCCUUCUGGACAAGUUGUCACUCAUAUUGAGUGGGGAAAGUCAUCGGCCGUCUGGAGCACCAUUACCAGGUCUCAGACCCGAAAUUCCAGUGGCCCAAGUGCCCUCAUCAAAUCAGUAUACCGCCCGUAAUCCAGAGAGCAUCCAAUUAGCAUUGGAUACCCUUGCUACUUUUGAUUUCAGUGGUCAUCAACUCAACGACCUUGUCAGGACCUGCGCACUUCCUUACCUAGAGGACGCUCAAUCUGAUAUUCGACUCAAAGCGGCUAUCACAUGCUGCCGACUAUUCAUGCAAGAGUCAUUCAUGCUACAUCACAGGAAUGCCGUUUCUCUCGAUGUCAUUAACGAGGUUCUCGAGAAACUUCUGAUGGUUUCAAUUGCUGAUACUGUUCUUUCAAAUUUGCAUGAGAGAUUUGACAAGUAUCUCUCCCAACCCGAGCAUAUCAGACUCUUAUUCAUGGCUCUGAACGAUGAAGUAUACGACGUUCGGUACAAAGCGAUUGAGAUCAUAGGGAGAGUAGGGUAUUAUAACCCCGCGCAUGUCAUGCCAGCUCUUCGCAAAACGCUGAUUCAACUACUGACGGAGCUGGAAUACACUUCAUCGAGUCAGGGAAAGAGUACAAGCGCUGAAUUUUUGACGUCGUUGAUCAGAGCAACCAAUAGACUGAUAAAGCCUUAUACCCUUACUCUGCUCCGCGUGGUCCUGCCCAAGGCUAGUGACACAGAAAUUGUAGUAUCACGUUGCAUGAUCGAAUGUAUUGGGCUUUUGGCUGUUGUAGGAGGGGAUGAAAUGGUACCUCAUGUACCAGAAGUCAUGAACAUCCUACUUGCCGCCCUACAAGACCCCCUAACUCCUACUACAAAGAGAGAUGCCGCACUUUUGACAAUGGGUCAAUUGUGCGCUAACACCGGCUACGUGGUGGAUCCACUAGUCGAACACCCGGUGUUGUUCACUAUUUUUGCGCGCUUAUUGAAAACAGACACCAGCAUGGAAACUAGACGGGAGGUUUUACGCCUUCUGGGUAUCCUAGGCGCAGUAGAUCCAUACAUGCGUCGCAAAAGAAUGGCUCAAGAUGAUCCUCUCAAAGACAAGUCGGCUCUUCAAAUGAAGGCACCCAUGACAAUGGCAGGCAUGAGUCCUGAGGAAUACUUCCAAACGGUGGUUAUGUCGGCACUACUAAAUAUUGUGCACGAUGGCGCAUUAACUACACAGUAUCUGGGAGUUGUUGAAAUUAUACCCGCUUUCAUCAAUGUAACACGUAUUUCUAAUGCCCGUCACCAAGACUUCUAUCUCCAACAGCUGGCAUCCCUGACUGACAUUAUAACCAAUCAUGUCCGCCCAUUUGUUAAAGACAUAUUGGAGAUGUGUCGGGAUCUAUGGAACAACCGGGUCCUUCACCUGCAAAUCAUAACGCUUAUAGACAGCUUGGCAAGGGUACUGGAUACGAGUUUUAAACCUCAUCUUCCCUCUGUGUUACCCAUGCUCCUGUCGGUUUCCAAAGAGACAUCCCCAGACAAGCGACAGGCCACUGAAAUACGAGUUUUCAACGCACUCCUCACGUUUUCUAGCAAUGUUGAGGAGUAUGUGCACAUAGUCUUACCUUUCAUCCUAUCUGCUGUCGAGCGACCCGAUGCUAGCCCCCUCUUACGGAAGACUGCCCUCAAAACCAUAGCUGGUCUAGCUAAGCGUGUCAAUAUCUCGGACCAUGCAUCACGUAUUGUACACCCGCUUGUGAGGCUGUUACCUGGAUCUCCUCAAGACGUUCGAGAGGCAAUUAGGGAAACGAUGUGUGCCCUCGUUUUUCAGUUGAGUGCUGACUUUGCUGUAUUCGUACCUCUCGUCAAAAAGAACAUGGACAAGUUGAUAUAUCCAGUCAAUCUAGCAGAGACGUUGAAAUUCGUUGUCAAUCAACAACAUUUAAAGCAAGCUUGGGAUGUCAGUAAAGUCGAGUCUCGUGAAGACUGGCAAGAAUGGUUCAAGAAAUUCUCAACUGAACUACUCCGAGAGUCCAUGUCUCCAGCGCUUCGCGCUUGUGUGCCAUUAGUUGAUACACAUCCGCCUCUUGGCCUAGACCUUUUCAAUGCAGCCUUCAUCUCAUGUUGGACGGAGUUAUACGACCAGUACCAAGACGACCUUGUUGCGUCUAUCACACGCGCAUUGA